UAAGUAAAUGCCAGUCCCUAGGAAGAGAGAACCAAAAUGUCUACUGGACCAGAUGUCAAGGCUACAGUGGGGGACAUUUCCAGUGAUGGCAAUUUAAACAUGGCUCAAGAGGAAUGCCCCAGGAAAGGCUUUUGUUCAGUCCGACAUGGGCUGGCCCUCAUCUUGCAGCUCUGUAAUUUUUCAAUUUACACCCAACAAAUGAACUUGAGCAUUGCCAUCCCGGCUAUGGUGAACAACACAGCCCCAUCUAGCCAGCCCAAUGCCUCCACAGAACGGCCCUCCACUGACUCCCGGGACUACUGGAAUGAAACUCUAAAAGAAUUUAAAGCAAUGGCCCCUGCAUAUGACUGGAGUCCUGAAAUCCAGGGAAUCAUCCUCAGCUCCCUCAACUAUGGCUCAUUCUUGGCUCCAAUCCCCAGCGGCUAUGUGGCUGGAAUAUUUGGAGCCAAGUAUGUGGUUGGUGCUGGCUUGUUUAUUUCCUCAUUCUUGACCCUCUUCAUUCCACUGGCAGCUAAUGCAGGAGUGGCCUUGCUCAUUGUCCUCCGGAUUGUACAAGGCAUAGCCCAGGUUAUGGUAUUAACUGGUCAGUAUUCAAUUUGGGUCAAAUGGGCUCCCCCACUGGAAAGGAGUCAACUCACCACCAUUGCUGGAUCAGGGUCAAUGUUGGGGUCCUUCAUUGUUCUACUUGCGGGUGGUCUCCUCUGCCAGACCAUAGGAUGGCCUUAUGUCUUCUAUAUCUUUGGAGGAAUUGGCUGUGCCUGUUGUCUUCUCUGGUUUCCUCUCAUUUAUGAUGAUCCUGUGAAUCAUCCCUUUAUCAGUGCUGGUGAGAAGAGAUACAUUGUGAGUUCACUGGCUCAGCAGGACUGUUCACCAGGCUGGUCUCUUCCCAUUAGGGCUAUGAUCAAAUCCUUACCACUCUGGGCCGUUUUAGUCUCUUAUUUCUGUGAAUACUGGCUUUUUUAUACCAUUAUGGCAUACACACCAACGUACAUCAGCUCGGUACUUCAAGCUAACCUCAGAGAUAGUGGGAUCCUGUCUGCCUUGCCGUUUGUUGUUGGAUGUGUUUGCAUUAUCCUUGGAGGUCUACUGGCAGACUUUCUUCUCUCCAGAAAAAUCCUCAGACUCAUCACCAUCAGGAAACUCUUCACUGCCAUUGGGGUUCUCUUCCCAUCCGUGAUCCUCGUGUCCCUGCCCUGGGUCAGAACCAGCCACAGCAUGACCAUGACCUUCUUGGUGCUGUCUUCUGCCAUCAGCAGUUUCUGUGAUUCAGGAGCCCUUGUUAACUUCUUGGAUAUUGCUCCUCGGUACACUGGCUUUCUCAAAGGACUAUUGCAAGUCUUUGCACACAUAGCUGGAGCUAUCUCUCCUACUGCUGCUGGAUUUUUCAUCAGUCAGGAUUCAGAGUUUGGUUGGAGAAAUGUCUUCUUGCUUUCAGCUGCUGUUAACAUAUCAGGCCUGGUUUUCUACCUCAUCUUUGGCCGAGCAGAUGUGCAGGACUGGGCUAAAGAGCAGACAUUCACCCACCUCUGAGCAAACCGAGAGCUGUGCUAGAUCCUGGUGCUUAAUUGAUCAUUGUAUUCCCUCACAGACAUUUCUCUUUCAUGCCUGCUUGACUGAGAAGCCAUUAGCUAGACCCUGACUAUGUGGGCAAAUACACUGAAUAUAUAUAUUUCUGUAAAAAAAAUAGAAGAAUAGAAGAAUGGCCAAUAAGCACAUGAAAAGAUGUUCAACAUAAUUACUUAUUAGAGGAGAGCAAAUCAAAACCAUAAUGAGAUGCCACUUCAUAUUCACUGAGAUGGCUACUGAAAAAAAAAGAAACAUAACAAAUGUUGAUGAGGAUAUGGAGAAAUGGAAUUCUUCUACAUUGCUGGUGAGAAUGUAAAAUCGUCUGAUGCUGCGGAGAAGAGUGUGGCAGUCCCUCAAAACAUUAAACAUAGGAUUACCACAUGACCAGCAACUCCACUUCUAGGUAUAUACCCCACAAAAUUGAAACAUAUCUUCACAUAAAAACUUGU